AUGUUUCCUUCAUCAGAUUUCUCUUUCUCAGCGUCGUCGCUCUUCUCAGCGUACGCAUCGUUAACCGGAUUCUUGAUGCUCUUUAGAUCGAUGCUGCACGAUUUCGUACCGGCGAAGCUCCGGUCAUACAUCUCCGAUUUACUCAACCGGUUUUUCACUCAGAGAUCAAAGAAUCUGACUAUGGUUAUCGACGAGAACUUCGGAUUGAACAGGAACCAAGUCUUCGACGCGGCCGAGAUAUACCUCCGCAGCAAGAUCGGACCAGAGACAACGCGUUUACGCUUAGGUAAACUCCCUAAGCAGAAGCACUUCGCAAUCUCCAUCGAUAAAGGCGAAGAGAUCUUGGAUACUUUCGAGGGUUCCGAGCUGCGAUGGUUCUUUUUUCAAUCGGAGAACGAGAAAGGAAAUAAAGUGAAACGAUACUACGAGCUCACGUUCGAGAAGAAGCUUAGAGACAAAGUAAUGAACUCUUACUUGAGCCACGUUGUAGCUGAAUCAGAGGAGAUUAAGAGGAAUCUGAGAGUGGUUAAGCUUUAUAGUAGAGAUGUGGACGCGACUGACGAUGAUGAUGGAAUGGCUGGUGGGGAAUGGGGAUGUAUCAAUCUUGAGCAUCCUUCGACGUUUGAUACAUUGGCCAUGGAUCCUAAUGCGAAGAAGAAGAUCAUUGAUGAUUUGGAGAGGUUCUUGAAGAGAAGAGAGUUUUACAAGAGAGUUGGUAAAGCUUGGAAACGAGGUUACUUGUUGUAUGGGCCACCAGGAACUGGUAAAUCUAGCAUGGUUGCUGCAAUGGCUAACUACUUGAAGUUUGAUGUGUUUGAUCUUGAUCUCAGUAGAAUCUAUGACAAUGGUGAACUGAAGCGGGUUUUGUUAUCUACCACGAACCGUUCGAUUUUGGUUAUUGAGGGUAUUGACUGUAGUGCGGAUGUGAUAGACAGGGAAGCUGAGUAUGAAGAAACCGAAGAUGGUUCUGGAAAGAUGACUCUAUCAGGGCUUUUGAAUUUCAUUGAUGGGUUAUGGUCAAGUUUUGGAGAUGAGAGAAUCAUUGUCUUCACGACCAACCACAAAGAAAGGCUAGAUCCUGCUUUGUUACGUCCUGGAAGAAUGGAUGUUCAUAUCAACAUGUCUUACUGUACAGGUCUAGGUUUCAGGACACUUGUCACUAAUUACCUUGGUUUAGACGGCUUAAACCAUCCUCUUUGCGAAGAAAUCGAGGCGCUGAUCGAUUCUACUCAAGUUACACCUGCUGAGUUAGCUGAAGAGCUGAUGCAAGACGAUGAAACUGAUGCUGUUCUUCGUGGAGUAGUUAGAUUUGUUGAGAAGAGGAUCAAAACCAUGGAGCUCGACGCUGCUACUUGUAAAUUAGUUAAUGAUGACGAAACAAUACGCAAUAGUUCUAGGAAUGAGGCAUUUUGA